AUGGUCGCCCUCACCUAUGCUCAAGAUGAGCCACGGAGACCACCAGCACCCUCCCACCUGCGCAACUCGAACAUCCGAAAUGCAUCUCUUCGAAGCAGCCGCAUCGUAUCUACCGCUUCAAUGGAACGACAAGGUUCAGCCAGUCUCGUCUCGAGCAUCAGCAACCUCACCAACACCAUCAUUGGCACUGGCAUGCUAGCGACACCCGGCGCUUUCAAAUACACAGGCUUGCUACUUGGUAUCUUUCUCAUCUUCUUUUGCAGCUUUACAGCUGCAUUGGGUUUAUACCUGCUGACAAGAUGCGCAGCGAGAGCAGGAGGGAGAAAGAACAGUUUCUUCACAAUCGCAUCUCAAGCGUUGCCUGCGGGAGCAUGGUACUUUGACCUUGCGAUCGCUUUGAAGUGCUACGGUGUCAGUAUCUCCUAUCUGAUCAUCUGUGGGCAGUUAAUGCCGCAGGUGAUUGUUAGCUUCUUCAGGGCGUUUCACAGGGAUGUGCACGAGAUUCCGACACUGUUCUUGGAUAGGAGCUUUUGGAUUCUCGCUCUUAUCAUCUUGCUCAUCCCGCUCUGCUUCCUUAAGAGGUUGGACUCGUUAAGGCACACGAGCUACCUCAGCUUGCUAGCAGUCUUUUACCUCGUCAUCAUCGUCUUGCACUACAGCUUCAGUUCCGAAGCCAAAGCCUCCCUCCCACCAAAGGGAGAAGUCGAAAUGAUCGUUAUCUCCUACCACACCCUCAGCAUCUUUCCCGUUUUCGUCUUUGCGUUUACAUGCGCGCAGAACAUGCUUCCAGUCUACAACGAGCUCUUCCAUAACGUAGAAGGUCGGGUGAAUACUGCGAUUGGCUCUUCAAUUGGGACGGGUGGGCUGGUGUAUCUUAUUGUUGGAGUCUUGGGCUAUCUCAGCUUUGGAAGUAAUGUGGGAGAUAACAUUAUUGCAAUGUAUCCGAGCACGAGCUUCUUUGUCUGCUUUGGAAGGGUCAGUAUUAUCAUUUUGACCAUCUUCAGUUACCCGCUGCAAGUACAUCCGUGCAGGGCGAGUUUGGACAAGGUCUUUUCGAAAGCAAGUAGGAGGCAGCAGAUUUUGGAUGAUGCCGCAGCGGAAGCGAGCUUGCUUGCCAGUCAAGAUGGAGGCGAAGGAGAAGAUGUCAUCGAGCCUUAUCACGAUGAUGAGAAUGUUCCGUCACAACCUCGUCAGCCGAACCCGCCACAACAACAACAGCAGCAGCAGCAGCAGCAACAGCAAGACUUGACAGAGUCAGACGAAGAAAUCCCACUAGGCAAGUGGUGUCUCAUGACUGCAGGCAUUCUCAGCACCACUUUCAUCAUCAGUCUUCUCGUCGACGAUCUUUCCAUCAUCCUUGGCUUUGUCGGUUCCGUUGGCAGCACGACAAUCAGCUUCAUCUUGCCAGGUGUGCUCUACGCAUCGCUCUUUGCCGAUCAGCCCAGUUCGAGGUUACGGAAGGCUGCGAUAGCUCUUGCCGCAUGGGGAUGCUUAGUGCUUGUCGUUGCAUUAUCGGCCAACAUUCUCAAGCUGGUCAAUGCUCAAGUUCCUAAUUCGCUCAUCGUUACCAAAGUCAUCAACAAGUCCUAG